UCUUGGCCUUUUCCAGGUUCCGUAGCUCGGAGUCGCAGCGCCGGAACUAGUGUUAACGGGUCGCGGCGGGGGAAGACUCCGCGGUGGUGCACGCGGAACCAAAGACCGGAGGUCUCAGCCGGGCCAUCAUGGCUGUAUUCCGAUCGGGCCUCCUGGUGCUGACAACGCCGCUGGCCUCCGUGGUCCCUCGCCUGGCCCCCAUCCUGACCUCGGCGGCCCGGCUUGUGAAUCACACGCUCUAUGUACACCUGCAGCCCGGCAUGAACCUGGGGGGCCCGGCUCAGCCCCAGUCUAGCCCCGUGCAGGCCACGUUUGAAGUUAUCGAUUUCAUCACGCACCUCUAUGCUGGCGCCGAUCUCCACAGGCACCUGGACGUCAGAAUUUUGCUGACCAAUAUCCGAACCAAGAGCUUUGUCCCUCCCCUGCCUAGCUCGGUCCAGAACCUGGCCCACCCACCGGAAGUAGUGCUGACUGACUUCCAGACCCUGGAUGGAAGCCAGUACAACCCGGUCAAGCAACAGCUAGAGCGUUAUGCCACCAGCUGUUACAGCUGUUGUCCGCAGCUGUCUUCGGUGCUGCUAUACCCCGAUUAUGGGCCCGGAAUGCUGCCUGUGCAGCCCCUAGACGUCCCUUUACCCUCCACCAUCAGGCCGGCCUCCCCCGUGGCCAGGUCUGCAAAGCAACCAGUGCGUGGCCACCAGCGAGGGGCUGUGGGUGGCACCUUUGACCGCCUACACAAUGCCCACAAAGUGUUGCUCAGUGUGGCAUGCAUCCUAGCCCAGGAGCAGCUUGUGGUGGGAGUGGCAGACAAAGACCUGUUGAAGAGCAAGUUGCUCCCUGAGCUGCUCCAACCCUACACAGAACGCGUGGAACAUCUGAGUGAGUUCCUGGUGGACAUCAAGCCCUCCUUGAGUUUUGAUCUCAUCCCCCUGCUGGACCCCUAUGGGCCCGCUGGCUCUGACCCCUCUCUGGAGUUCCUGGUGGUCAGCGAGGAGACCUAUCGUGGGGGGAUGGCCGUCAACCGCUUCCGCCUUGAGAAUGGCCUAGAGGAGCUCACCUUGUACCAGAUCCAGCUGCUGAAGGACCUAAACCCCAAGGAAAAUGAAGAGGACAAAGUCAGCUCCUCCAGCUUCCGCCAACAAAUGCUGGGAAACCUGCUCCGGCCUCCACAUAAGAGGCCAGAGCUCCCCCCAGGUUGCUACGUGAUCGGGCUGACAGGCAUCAGUGGCUCCGGAAAGAGCUCAAUAGCUCAGCGGCUGAAGGGCCUGGGGGCGUAUGUCGUCGACAGUGACCAGCUGGGCCACCGGGCCUAUGCCCCGGGCGGCCCUGCCUACCAGCCAGUUGUGGAAGCCUUUGGAACAGAUAUUCUCCAUAAAGACGGCACCAUCAACAGGAAGGUCCUAGGCAGCCGGGUGUUUGGGAACAAGAAGCAGCUGAAGAUACUCACGGACAUUGUGUGGCCAGUUAUCGCAAAGCUGGCCAGAGAGGAGAUGGAUCAGGCUGUGGCCGAGGGUGAGUGGGCAGGGCGGUGGGAGGAGCCCGGGGAACAGCUAAGCAGACUCUCCCCUAGGAGCUGCCCCCACCCCAAAUCAGACCACCCGCUUUCCCUGGGACUGCGUUUCCUUGGUUCUCUGACUGGGAGCAAGUGGCAGGGUGCUGCUGGCUUUCUCCCCACAGGAAAGCGUGUGUGCGUGAUCGAUGCUGCCGUGCUGCUUGAAGCCGGCUGGCAGAACAUGGUGCACGAGGUGUGGACUGUUGUCAUCCCCGAGACUGAGGCUGUACGACGCAUCGUGGAGAGGGAUGGCCUGAGCGAGGCUGCAGCUCAAAGCCGGCUGCAGAGCCAGAUGAGUGGGCAGCAGCUUGUGGACCAGAGCCAUGUGGUGCUCAGUACCUUGUGGGAGCCACAUGUCACCCAGCGCCAGGUGGAGAAAGCCUGGGCCCUCCUGCAGAAGCGCAUCUCUGAGGCUCCGUCAGACCCAUGACUGACGGGCCAGAGGAGAUCCAGGGAUGACUAGAGGAGAUCCAGCAGUGAGGAGGAGUCAGGACCUUGAAGCUCACCCUAGUUUGGGCCUAGAAGGCUCUCAGCUAAGCUGGGUGGGGCAGAAAUGGGCCUGCUCGACUGAAGAAGCCUAGCCAGCUUGCUGGUGUUUGGCCAACACUGAGAGUGCCGCUCAUGGGGGGAGCUGGCCCUCGGCACUGCAUUCCCACGCUUGCCCAAAGGUCUGGGUACCCAUGGCAGGCCAGGGCCAAGACCAACACUGAGACUUGUAACAGAAUUAAAGGUGAAUGUUACCAGG